CGCGCACAAGCGCAAGCUGAGACACACCUCCUCCUCCAUCACACAAACACGCACACAUACAAAGCCCAUAGGCGAGCGUGACCACAUCGCCGGGUGAUGCAGACAACAUCAUGAAGGACGAGUGCUUGGCUUCGGGAGAUUCACGGCAAGUGCAGCGGGGCUGAAGCUACACCUCACGGGGGAACAGUCUGCAGCUUCGCUAUGCCCACCGCAUCCGAUCAACUCCCUGGCGAAACGGUUGUGUUGAUUUUGAAUCACACUAACUGGAGAGCACUGGAGGUCCUUUAAGAUGACACGAACUCAUCCCCCUGAUAUACUGGCAUCGACUCUGUAUCAGGACAUUACACUAAACCCUAUCGCUGACAACUCAAUUUCUCUCCAUUCUUCGAAGCAAUGUGACUUGAAAAUGAUAGAUAAAUCAGAGAUCAUCAACAAAAGACACUGCCGUAGUUUUGACUUCAUUGAGUCUCUGGAUGAUCCACAGUCCUUGUCUUUCUCAAUGGAGUACCCUUACAAGAGGUCUGAGAACCAGACAUUAAACAAAGAUCUUUGGAAUGGACUAGAUCAGCCAGGACAUCUUCGCUUUUCAUCUCCUGAUCUUUUUAACUCUAAACAGUUCCAACAGCACACUACCCACAACAAAACCAGCUAUCUCACAUGGUCAGAUUCCAAAAGGAGAUCAAGAUCUAAAAGUGCUCCUCGAGUCAAGGCUACCCUCACGCCUGUGCCCAUAUCUGUAUCCCCACCAGGGGCAAGGAAGGGGAGAGAUGGACUCGAAGGUGUGCCAGAUGCAUCAAGGACCUCCGAAACCCAACGAGAAACUUUAAACAGAGUUUUUGUGAAUGAGGUGCACCCAAUUAAACUACAGCCUCACUCGCCACUUUAUGUCUCAGACUGUUUUGAGGAGGAAAAGCCAGAUAAACCAGUUGUAACUCCUCAUGUUAGGUGCCGUGUGGACAUUAAACCAGACGCUGCUGUUCUGCAGCAUACAUCUAGGCAGGUUCCCCAUGUACAGUCUGAGCAUCCUUGGCAAAGGUACUCCCAGGCUAGUAGCAGGGGAGGUUUGUAUGUACCUCGGCAGAUGAUCUCUUCACCAACACCCACUCCAAGUGAAUGCUACAGUGGAGAUUUCAGACAAGGAUAUUACUACACCACCAGCAUGUCUCCCAUCUCUUACCAGCAUCUAGACAUGCACAGGAUGCCAUCACCAACAGUACCAUAUCUGAGUCAAGAACAAAGAGCUUACUCAAACCCUAACAUACCAACCAAGUUUUUCUAUACAGAGGAUGCUGUUCGGUAUCCAGUCCAUCCCUAUUCACGGACGUACUGUCAGGAUGAUCGGUCCAGUCUAACCAGCCUUGGUAGUACAAUGACUAGUCAGUAUGAUCCAAGAACUCGAUGGGUGCACACACUUCCUGUGAGGUCAUGUUACACAGACCACCUUACCAACAGAGAGCCAGCUCACUCUGUAUAUAGCAGGCCUUACUCCACAAGUGAGGCAGGGUCAUACUUUUCUCAAACUCCACUCUCUAGAGCUUACUAUGGCGAGGACAGUCGGUUCAGUCCAUACCAUGCGAGUAACUCAAGGCUGUUUUAUUCCAAACCAUUAAGCUCUCCUGAUGAGCAGUAUUUUCCAUCGAGGCCAUAUCAGACAGAGAGUCGGCGACGUCCUCGAAUGUCCCAGGCCUUUUCAGAUGACUGGUAUCGCUCCAGUAUAUCUGGUUACUCUAACCAGUCUUCUCAGGCCACACCACCAAGAGUUGGACAAGACCCUAGUAUACCUCCCUGGUUUACUAACAGCUGCACAGAGACAAGUCGACUAGGAGCAGAUGUCAAAAACCACUCCAAGUCUUGGGACAAUAUUCUUUAUCCACGGCAUGACAGAGAGCAACCUGUGCCACGUGGAAGAAGCUACGAGAAUCUUUUUUACCAAGCAAGGCAAGGGGCAUCUUCAGAUGUUACAUCUAAGCCUGUUAUACUUAACCUUUCAAGUUCACCAAGGCGCUAUGCUGCUUUGUCUCUGUCAGAAAACUCUUUGGAGAGGGGUUCAAGUAAUCCAUGGAGGAAUAUCAAGAGUAGGAACUGGUUUGUGACACCCGAAAUCACCAUAACAGACAAUGACAUCUGUGCAGGCAAUAGCAGGCGACGUGAUGUCCACUCUGUCAGCUGGAAUAUAUCAGACAAUGAGAAGACAACACCGCCGAGGGUAAUGCAGAAGCAGCCUUCUAACACAGAAGACACGACCAAAGAAAGGAAACACAACAACUUCUCCCUACAGCAAAGUUUAGAACAACUGGAUGAACUCUUAGCGGAUUUGGUUGUUGACUACAAACCACCAACUAGCAGAAAGUCAAGUGAAAAUCUUUUAGACCAGUUAAAACAGCUGAUCACUGAAGACACUGACAAAGAGAGAGGAUCAUCUGGUCUUGAAAACUUAGGAAGUCUGAACACACAGCUUCCAUCCUCUAAAUCCAGCCCAGACACAGUCAAAGACCCUGAUAGUGGGUGUGAUGCUUUGCAAAGAAGUGCAGAAGAAUGUUCUCCAGACCAUAGCACAGAUGAAGAUGACACAAUGGUGUGUGCUAACAAGAAGUGCAACCGUAUUGAAAAUAUGUUCAACGCUUGCUUGUACUUUAAAUCAUGUCACAGUUGCUACACUUUUUACUGUUCACGAAACUGUCGCAGGGAUGACUGGGAAAUUCAUAAAGAGACAUGCCUAUAUGGUCGUGUCAGCAGUGUAUGUCGGCACACUCUGAAGUUCUGCAGAGAGAAUUCAGAGAUCCACAAAACCUUCUCACGCAUUGCUAAAGCUGGCUACCUCUCAAGAGGGAGAGGCGUUCUCUUUCUGGGUUUUGCUAAUCCAGAGACAGCUGACAACUUCCUGCAAGUUGGGCUUCAGAGCCUCCUCAUGUCUCCCACAUACUUGUCGCUCAGAGAGCUGGAUGGCUUCAAGGACAACCUCGGUGAAUACUGCAAGGAACUGCAGCAAGCGGGUAAUGAGUACGACCCCAGUGAAUGUUUCCUUUUGAAUGUAUCUAUAGCUGUUGGUGAACUAGUGCCUAACAGACCUUCACCAAGGGUCCAAGCACCAACAGUUCGAAAAUAUGCAAAGGUGUCAUUGGCCUCUUCAAGUCCUGACAAAAAAGUACUGAAGAAGGAAAAUGAGAUGGAAACUCUCAUCCUCACUCCACCUCCUGGCACACCAGACAUUGACAAGGAAGGGGAGGAGGGAAGAAAAGCCAGAGAGGUGUGCUUUAUCAAUAUCCAGCGAGAGCUCAGGACAAGGGGAGUCUUCCUUCGUCACGAGUACCCCAAAAUCUAUAAUCAGCUGUGUGAGUUUGUGGAGAGCAACAAAAGGUUCACCCCCACAACCAUUUACCCAAUAGAUAAAAGAACAGGGAAACAAUUUAUGUGCAUGAUCAUGGCUGCAUCUGAGCCAAGGACACUAGACUGGCUGGGUACCCCUCAUCUCUUAGAUGAUAUUAUAUAGCACAGCACUAAAUAGGAAUGAUAAUGAUGUCAGAAAUGUACUUAUUGUAAAUAAAUGGCGUGAUUUAGCUAAUCAAACAUGAAUUUGGAAACCUGUACAUAUGUGACUAAUAUUUCUAUUUGUCUCACUCUUUCCAUUAGUUCUCUCUGUUGCCACACUCUCAAAAACACACCACAUAUAUAAUAUACAUACACUUUUAAAGGUUUAUGUGUGUUAUUUUUUGGCUUGUUUUAUUCCUAUUGCACUCAGAAAGUUAAUAACCUGCAUGUAGACUAUAGGCUCAAAUCCUGAUAACCAGGCAUUUAAGAUGUAGAAGGACAAUAUAUGAAGCACACAACAUUCAGGAAGCGCACGUGUACUUGUGUCCACACUAUAGUUGGCACAGCCAAAUCCAGUAUUGUAACAGUAACCUGCUUUUCAUUUCUGCACCAAAUUGUUUAUCAUAAAUUUAUAUUAGACCAUAUUGCAGUGGUUGCAGUAGUAUUUAAGUAUUAUUUCCUUGAUAUGCUGUGGUUCUGUGGGUAUUUUUAAUUAUUAUAUAUUAGUGAUUGUUUUAUUGACAAAGAAGUACAAUCAGACCAUCUAUGUUUCCCACUUUAUUAAGGAUUUUAGUUGGAGCUUAUAUCAUCUCACGAAAAUGCUUGAUGUCAUUCUUGUAAAAAUUGCUUUGUUUGAAAGUGGCCUUUAUUUGAAAACAAACUAAAUGCAUUUGACACAAAGCAAUGUAUGGAGGUAGCUAUUUCUAAAGGCUUGACAGCUCUAGACAUAGGUUGUUUGAAUAACUAUUAUACAUAGAUGAUUAUUUUGCUCAAAGCAUGUUAUUUAUAUUCAGGUAUUUUAAUAUUGCUAUUGCUUCUAAGUAAAUUUAUUAUGUUAAUGAGAUACCACUUGAUGCUUAGAAAUGUAAAAGAUUCAUCAUACAGUAUAUUAAGUAUUAGAUCAUUGAACAUCCUGACUUUGAGACCUUAUUAAAACUAAUGCCACAGUAUGUUCUUGAUUAAACCAUAUGCAAUGAAAGAGCAACCUUACCAUCUAUAUUGUAAAAUCAUAUUUUAUUAUGAAUAGAAAAUAAUUCCUUUCAAUUAAGACUUUUUGCACUAAAACAUAAAUUAUGAAACAAGAAUGUUCCUAAGAUAGCUGCAGCACUAAACUCAGACGUGCCUGCUUUAAUGGCCAUUGUUCAUUAAACUAAGGUUGCUCUUUUACUUGAUUAUAUAUAUCUUUGUGCAAGACCUUCCACGAGUUUCUAUUUUGUGAUGUUUAUAACCUAUAUAUAAAUGCAUAAUAAAUGGGAUUUAAAGUGUGA